AUGGUUAGCCGUCGCUGUGAGCAGAUACUCUCGCGAGAUCGGAGGGCCGGCGGGUCCCAGCCCGGCUCGUUCCUCUCUUGCUGCCACCUUCCUGCAGCUCGGCCUGCCGCUCUCGACUCUUCCUCCCUCUUCGGGCUUUCCGUCAGCCGCCUCCUCCGUCCGUUCCGCGCAAGCGCAACCGUACUCUACAGCGGCCGGAAUAACACGAACAGCGAGGUUUUUCCUUUCAUCUCCACGCAGGCGCCGAAGCUUAGGCUUCCGGGUGGCGCGUUUAGGUCAUCACUCUGCGCCCUGUAUGAAUGCGCUGCGCUCCAGCCUCCAGGCAGCAGUCUUCUUCUGUCCUUUUACUUCCUUGCCCGCCCGCCUGCCUAUGAGGAUGUUACUGGAAGAAAAAGAGAGAAAUCGAGAGAACAGGGAACGUGUUCGGGAACAGCAAAUAGCUUAGCAGCCAGGCAGCCAGCUCCAGAAAUGUCUAGAGUUGCUAGUAGCUCAAAAAUGUAUUCUGGGCAAGGAUUACCCGUAAUAUCCAGUCUAAACACAUGCACACAUAUACCUAGGAGGGUGCUUGCCAAGCAAGCACUGCUUGGACUUGCUACCGUUCCGUUUUUUACUGGUAAUACAAAUCUAGGUAUUAUUAACUUCCAUAUUAGCCUAGGAGUUCCAUCCUCAAACAACACAAUACCUGUGAUUAUUGUGACAUCAAGAUAUACUACCAAUUGCUCCACCAUCUUUUGGAAAAUAGCAUGCGCUGAAGGUUCUGCAGCAUUCCUGCCCCCUCCUCGCUGCACACUUUUGCUGUGACUCCCAUGGAGCCCAGAAUAGAAUAAACCAUGUUCAAAGAUUUCCCCCUUCCAUGAUAAGUUAAAAUAAACGUAGUAUGAAAAGAUCCUGGUGUUUCAUGGACUGACAAGCAGAUUGCGCAACAAAGAUAAGUGAUGUGAAGAACCUUGUCUGAACCCUCUGCAAAACUGCCCAUAGGAAUCCAUGCUGGAAUAAACCACUGUCUGGAAAGACUCUUAUACUUACUAUUCUCUCACCAUUAACCCUGAAAAAGAAAAAGAAAAGGAGUGAGGGAGAAAUUCUUUACUGUGGUAAUAAAAUUAUUCAAAUCUUUUG